AAAUAUGAAUUUUCAAAACAUAACCUUAAUUAUGUCAAUUUUUUAAAGAGACGAAAUUAAAUGAAAGUAUUUAUUCUAAUGAAUAUUCAUUACAAUUAAAUUUUCUUUUUUUUAUCAAACAAACUGAACAUGUCAGAAAUGCGAACAGUGCUCGUUGCUGGUGGAACUGGUUUCAUUGGAACACAUCUGUGUAAGUUCUUACGUAAAAAUGGAUAUGGAAUACAAAUUGUUUCAAGAAUGCCUAGUCCUAUGAGCAUAUCCUGGAACGAUCUCACAUCUAAAGGACUUCCAGAAAAAGUUCAUGCUGUAGUUAAUCUAUCGGGUCAAAAUGUCUUAGACAUGAAACAGAGAUGGACUCCUGGAUUCAAGCAAAAUGUGUAUAACUCUAGAAUAAAUACAAAUAAAGCUUUAGCAAAUGCUAUAAUGGAUGCUGAUCACAAGCCAAAAGUAUUUGUAACAAUUUCAGGUGUUGGAAUCUAUAAACCAGAUAUCAAAAGAGAAUAUAAUGAAUAUUCAGAUGUGGAAGGAUAUGACUUUUUGUCAAAAAUGUGUUUAGAUUGGGAAAAGGCAGCUCGUUUAGAAGAGAAUGCUUGUAGGCAAGUCAAUAUUAGAUCUGGUGUGGUUCUGGAAAGAAAUGGUGGAAUGAUUCAACAACUUUACACACCAUUCUUUUUUGGAUUAGGUGGUCCUGUCAUGCCUGGAUCGCAAUACUUACCAUGGAUACAUAUGAUGGACCUCUGUAGACUGUUCUUGUUCUGUAUUGAAAAUGAAAAAUUAAAUGGGACUCUCAAUGGAGUUGCUCCACAAAUUAUCACUAACUCAGACUUUUCUGAGGCCUUUGCCAAAGCAAUGAGGAGACCUAAUUUCUUCCCAGUACCAGAGAUGAUGCUUAAUAUCAUGUUGGGAAGAGAUAGAGCUAGUAUGCUAACUAAAGGACAAAAAGUAUUUCCGAAAAGAGUAUUAGAUAAGGGAUUCACUUAUAAAUUCCCAAAUAUAGAAGAUGCCUGUAAGGAAAUAGUUGCAAAACCUUCCAAUUGAUUUUCUAUAUAUUCAAAUGAAAAAUUAACAUUCAUAGUGGAAUGUUACCUACUGAUUGAAUGAAGCUAUGUGAUAAAAAGAUGAUUUGUUGUACUUAUUGAGAUUAAUUAAAAGAUUUUUGCAA